CGUAAAAAAAACGAGCAGAUCACAUUCUUACAUGUAUAUCAUCAUGCAGUUAUGGUACUUAUAGCAUGGAUUACACUGAAAUAUAUAGGAGUAAGGGAAGAAUUUGGAAUUGUUGGGGCACUCAAUACAGGAGUCCACGUAAUUAUGUAUUUCUACUAUUUAGUUGGCGCAAUGGGACCGCAAUAUCAGAAGUAUUUGUGGUGGAAAGCAUAUUUAACCAAAAUUCAAAUAGGACAAUUUUGGGUGCCUCAAAUCUACCUGAUUGCAACUGUUGUCAAAGGUUGUCAGUCACCCAAUGUAACUAUGUUCUGGACAAUAACAAACACCUCCGUUUUCAUUUUACUUUUCGUUAAUUUUUAUCGUAAAACCUAUACGAGUGGCCAAGGAAUGAACGAGAAAGAGGUCCGCUCAGAAAAUAUAAAAAAAUCCACUUAAGAACAGGAAAUUGGAAUUUAAAUAAUAUAUAGAAACUGAGAUCUAAUAAAUAACCUCAUGAUUAGCUUAAUCAAAAUUGCAUCGCUCAGAAUCUUAAAUAAUGUCAGUCAUAUUCAAAUUUCUUUUUAUAUAUACAUAUAAUUAAAAUCAAUUUCACAAUAAUA